CUAUCAUUAUGGUGGCUACUUUAAAUUUCGUCCCUCUAAAGAAUAUGUGAAUGGACAUUUGAUGAAUACAACUAUGGCCAUUGAUUUUAUGAGUUAUUUUGAUCUGUUGGAUGAUUUGAAAAAGCAUUGUAAGUUUACUGUUUUAGAUGGAGAUAAGUUCUUUUAUUUGAGAGGUGAUAAAAUUAUGAAUGAUUAUGACGGACUGGUAGAAUGUUGUGACGAUUCAGACGUUAAGGACAUGCUUUCUAGUUAUAAGAUGCAUAAGAAAAAGCCUAUAGUGAUUUAUACAUUAUCGAAAAAUUAUGAUAUUUUCGAAAAUACUUCUCUUGAAGAAAAUAAUUAUAGGGAUAAUGUGUCUGAAGAAGUGAAUGAAGCAGCUGAAGAAAAUGAGCCAACAAAUUUUGCAGGUUCAAACAUUGUGAAAAGAAAAACUAGAGGGCCAACACGAUGCUUGAAAAUAAUUAACUUACAAGAGAGAGAAAAAGUGAGUGUACAAUUUGAUAAAGAUCAUCAGACAACUGGACGAUAAUGCAACCCAAUUUAUUUGAUUUUUGGGUCAAACAGUGAGAAGUCAUUCUUGUUGCCCGUUGAAAGUGAAUUGUUGGAAGGAAAUUAAGCAAGAUAAGAUUGAUCAUACGUGGGAUAUCGUCCUGGUAAGAUAAAUGGUUAACUGACAA